AUGCGGGUAAAACUAGUCAAGGCUGUGAAACGUCACACGAUCGCCCUUGGCGCAUGUACUGAAAAUUUAAAACAAACAGACGUCGCGAAGAGUUACCCAGUCGCCUUUGCGAGGUCGAUCUUCAUGGAUUCGCGAAACGGCUGUACAAUCCACUCGGCCUUCGACCAAGCCGAGAUAGUGGCAAAUCAAGGACCACGGGACGGAAAUGGAGAGAAAGAAUACCCAAGGGAAUGGCGAUUGGCCCUCAUUACACUAGGACUUGCAUUGUCUGUAUUUUGCAUGGCUUUGGAUAACACAAUCAUUGCAACUGCUAUUCCGCAAAUCACCGACCAUUUCCACGCGUUGAAUGAUGUUAGUUGGUAUGGGUCUGCAUACCUGCUGACUACCUGCUCGCUGCAGCUGACAUUUGGCAAGUUAUACACCUUUUACUCGAUUAAGCGGACCUACCUCGGUGCGCUUUUCAUUUUUGAACUCGGUUCAUUUGUCUGCGGAGUUGCACCAACCUCAGUGGGCCUGAUUAUCGGCCGAGCAAUUGCCGGAAUAGGUUCGGCCGGUCUUUUCUCUGGGGCCAUUCUAAUUGUUGGAGAGACAGUACCCCUUCAACGAAGGCCAGCGUACAUGGGGGUGAUUGGAGCAGUGUAUGGUAUUGCCUCUGUCGCUGGGCCUCUAAUGGGUGGCAUAUUCACUGACCAUGUGACUUGGCGCUUAUGCUUCUAUAUCAACUUACCAUUUGGGUUGGUAACGGCAACCUUUAUUGUCUUCUUUUUUAAGCCCUCUGGUGGGCAGACAAUACGACAUUUGCCAUUCCUGGAGAGGCUUCGGAUGUUCGACAUAGAAGGAAUGAGUCUCUUCGUGCCGGGAAUCGUCUGCCUUCUGCUAGCAUUGGAAUGGGGUGGCUCCGAGUAUGCGUGGAAUAGUAGCCGGAUCAUUGCCCUAUUCAUCAUCUCUGGUUUACUGAUGAUUGGCUUCCUUUGUGUGGAGGUUUGGAGGCAAGAGGAGGCUACUAUUCCGCCACGGAUAUUCAAGAAUCGCAAUGUCUGGGGUUGUGCUCUGUUUGGUGCGUUUCUGGGUGGGGCUUUUUACGUGAUGGUUUUCUAUAUCCCUAUAUGGUUGCAGGCUAUUAAGGGCGCAUCGGCUGUCAAAUCAGGUAUCAUGAACCUUCCGAUGAUUCUGACGUUAGUUACCACGGCGCUGGCUGUUGGGAUAGCGGUCACAUUCAUUGGUUACUACACUCCGUUCAUGUUAUUGUCAUCCAUCUUAAUGGGCGUUGGCGCGGGUAUGGCUUCUACCUUCCAAAUCCACAGCAGUGCUGCUCAUUGGAUUGGGUACCAGGUGCUCUUUGCAUUGGGUGUCGGCUGUGGCUUGCAACAGAUAAUGGUUGCAGUUCAGGCUUCACUACCAGUGGCCGACGUGUCGGUCGGUACGGCGAUAAUGAUGUUUUCUCAGAGCCUUGGAGGUGCAGUAUUUUUGUCGGUUGCGCAGAGUAUUUUCCAGAGCCAACUCAUAUCGAAUUUGAACAAGGCGCAAGUGCAUUCGGUGGAUCCCAAGAUGAUCCUCGAGGGCGGGGCAACUCGGUUUCGACAGUUAAUCCCGCAAAAUAUUUUACCUUCUAUACUCCUGGCUUACAACGGCGCUCUGUCCCGUACAUUCUAUGUAUCGGCGGCCACGGGGUCGCUAUCCAUCAUUGGUGCCUUAAGUAUACAGUGGAACUCAGUCAAGGUUAAGAAGGAAACGGCGGUUCAUAUAUGA